AUGUACGACCCCGAGCGCGGCUGGAGCCUGUCCUUCGCCGGCUGCGGCUUCCUGGGCUUCUACCACAUCGGGGUGACCCGCUGCCUGAGCGAGCGCGCCCCGCACCUCCUGAGCAACGCGCGCAGGUUCUUCGGGGCCUCGGCCGGGGCGCUGCACUGCGCCUUCCUCCUCUCUGGGGUCCCGCUGGAGCAGACAUUGCAGGCCCUCGUGGACCUUGUCCGGAGCGCCAGGAGUCGGAACAUUGGCGUCCUCCACCCGACCUUCAGUUUGAGCAAGCACCUCCGAGAUGGUCUCCAGAGAUACCUCCCAGACAACGUCCACCAGCUCCUCUCGGGCAAAAUUGUCAUCUCGCUCACCAGAGUGGCCGAUGGAGAAAAUGUGCUGGUGUCUGAUUUUCGGUCCAAAGACGAAGUCGUGGACGCCUUGUUCUGUUCCUCCUUCGUGCCUUUCAUCAGUGGCUUGAUCCCCCCUUCCUUCAGAGGCGUGCGAUACGUAGAUGGAGGAGUGAGUGACAUCAUACCCUUCUUUGAUACCAAAACAACCAUCACAGUUUCCCCCUUCUAUGGGGAGAGUGACAUCUGCCCCAAAGUCAAGUCCACGAACUUUCUUCACGUGAACUUCACCAAGCUCAGUCUACGCCUCUGCUCCGAGAACAUCUACCUAUUAUCCCGGGUGUUAUUCCCUGCGGAUCUCAAGGUGCUUGGAGAGCUAUGCUUUCGAGGAUAUUUAGACACGGUCAGGUUCUUGGAAGAGAAUGGCAUCUGUGACAGGCCCCUUCUGUGCCUGAGUGCAUCCCCAGCAGAGUCGGAAGUCCUCGAGGCCCCCUGGAAGCACGGGAGCCUGCAGUCUUCCAGGCCCCCUGGAAGCACGGGAGCCUGCAUGGCCGCCGGGGAGGCGAGGCCUGAGGAAGCCACGCUGCUGGAUCACCCACACCUCAGCAUCCGGCCCUGGGACAACAGCAUCCUGGAGACCCUGUCGCCCAGGCUCACCAUAGCCCUGAGGGAAGCAAUUAGAAACCAAGAUGGGUACAUAAGCAAGAUGUGCAACUUCUUACCAAUUAAGGUCAUGUCCUACCUGGUGCUGCCCUGCACGCUGCCCGUGGAGUCCGUGAUUGCUAUGGUCCAGAGACUGGUGAUGUGGCUUCCAGACAUGCCCAGCGACAUCCAGUGGCUGUGGUGGGCAACCUCCCGGAUUUGUUCUCGAGUGAUGACGCGUUUGCUCCCUGGGGAGCCCUGUAUCAAGGACACGGGACAAAAACUAUGGAAUUAA